AGCUGUAACCGAGCAACCAGCGUCCAACGCGUCCUUCCCUCCUCCUCCUCCUCCUCCUCCUCCUCCUCCUGCUGAGAGCGCAUCUUGAGUACUGUACAUCCCAAUCCCAAGCUUCCCGCUCGUCAAAAUUGCCCCUAUCGCCCACCCUAAUGCUUCUGCCAAGAACUCUGUUAUGUCUUGCUCAAGCAUGGCUCGUCCUGGCAGAUACGCAGCUAGUCCUCAACCAGUUACAAACGGUCUCUGCGACGACCUCGCCGCUUACUUACUCGUUACCGACAUCUCAGAGGCCCGUCUCUGUGUCUGUAGCACUAUGCUCGUACCAACAAUCAGCUACUCCUCGAUUCUUCGUCUCAAAUGGCUCCGUAAUGUCGCCAGGACCAGACGAUCUCGGAGAAGAUGUGUUCGAACUUGAGCUCGACGGGUACUCGCUCGGGAACCUAACGGUGCAGGUUACGAGCUCGGGCGUGCUCGCCGUAUACAAUGCGACGGAUAUGUCGUUCGAAGUGGGUGUUUCCGAUGAUGGUCCGAUGCACCAGGUUCUGGACGAACUACCAUUGUUCAGCGAUAGCACUGCGAACCAAGUACUGAUGUUCUCUCCUCCGUUCUCCCCUCCAAGCAUCUCCGCGCCAUCAUAUCCGAACUACACGCUCCCAGCAGCGAACCAGACUUUCCCUCCGGAGCCGCCAUCUCCCCCCGAGUACUCCCUCUUCAUCGCGGCCACGACAUCUUCAGCGUUCAUGACGCUCCCGCGGACUGGCUGUGCGUUUCGUGGCUCGGCGAACAACGUCGGGCGCUUACUCGCCUCGGCGCAGAGCGAAGGACUCUGGCUACGUGACACGGGCGGCUGGCGAUGGCAGUGGUUUGUGAACGGUUUAGUCCCAAUGACAAACUAUACUGUGUAUGCAGUGAAGAACGAGACGCAGGUCACCGCACCGAUAUACUUCUCCACGAAGUCUCCUGCGUUCGCCUGUCCGAUCGUGUAUGGUCUCCCGUUCUGCCCCUCGAUCGGCUACGCGGCACCGCUAGGCAACGACGACCCCGCUACGGGCGUAACUGCGACCGAGCUGCCCAGCGCGUUCACCGACAACCUGAUCAGCGGCCUCACAAACUUCACGGUCAUGCUCACGACGCUUGCGUGCGGGCGCGACCUCUACAGCCCCAUCGUGACGUGCGCGGACUGCCAGGCGGCGUACCGCAACUGGCUCUGCAUCGUGUCGCUCCCGCGCUGUGCCGAGUAUACCUCCACGACGUCGUCAUCCGCAGCCGCCACGAGCACGUCGACGUCGAUGUUCGGCCAGGGGACGGCGCAGGAACCGCUGAUCACGCCUACGCCCGCGCUCGCGGUGCAGAACGCGUCGAGCCCGCGGAACCCGAACCUGCCGCCGUUCGCGAAGAACUACACCGCGGUGCUGCCGUGCCUCGAGGUGUGCUACGGUGCGGACCGCGCGUGCCCGCCGUUCCUCGGCUUCCAGUGCCCCCUGCCGCAGUACACGGCGGGCCAGAGCUAUGGCGUGGGCUACGUGGACACGGGCGAGGAGGGCGUGGUCGGCGGGGGCAUGACGGGUGCGGGGACAGACCAGUGGGGCAACGUGUGGUGUAACGGGCCGGGGGUUGUAUGAGUGUGUUGGUUCGGGGCAGCGUUUCGUGGAUUCCCUUUGGUUUGAGGAGGAUUGAGACUUACGGCUUUUUUCGGAAUAGAAUACAUUUACGCCUUCGUUUACUACCAACCCACCGCAUACCAAUGUGACUUUCUGUGCUGCUUUAGACUUGGACCGAUCCUCAUCCUCGAACAUCACAUCACGACGAAUGCUUAAGCGAGCUUUCUUCGAGUCGUUUCUUAUGUAACAUGAUCUGUACCGAGUCUCGUUACAAUCAAGCUCUGCAGUGAGAAGGAUUCAGCAUUCUGACAAUACCAAUCACGAGAUAGUUGGCUGAGAUCGU